AUGGAAGAUGAAAACUUCGUGCGUACUGGAGGCGAGAGCAUGGAAAAUGAGAUUGCAAAUGAUCUUGAUGAUACAAUUGAUGAUUCCUUAAUCGUUCCGAAAGUUGGUAUGCAGUUUUCCGAUGAAAAACAAAUUUAUGACUUUUAUGUGAGAUACGCGUAUGCCGCGGGUUUUCCUGUGAGAAGAAGAAGUUCGAGUAAGGAUGAUGAUGGCAUUCUGAGGUACGUCACGUUCACGUGUAGUCAUGAGGGACGAAAACAUAGUUCUACAGGAACUUGUAUGAAGCCACAACCAAUAAGUAACACGGGGUGUAAAGCUAGAAUAUCCACGUCUUUAGAUAUACAUGGUUACUGGAAAAUUAAUAAUGUCCAGCUCGAGCAUAAUCACAAGACUAGUCCCACUAAGUCGAGGUUAUAUCGAUGCCAUCGCAAGUUGAGCUCCAAUAUCAAACGGAAACUUGAAGUGAAUGAUGUAGCUGGCAUACCAUUACAUAAAAGUUUUAAUUCUGUAGUUGUUGAAGCUGGCGGCUACGAGAACAUUACUUUUAUGGAAAAGGAUUGUCGUAACUAUGUUGAACAAGCAAGAUGCCUAAGACUUGGCGAAGGUGAUGCAACUGCAAUACAAUCUUACUUUUCGGAUGUACAAGCUCGAUGCUCAGAUUUUUACUUUAGCAUUGACUUGGAUGAAGAUUCUCGGUUGAAAAAUGUGUUUUGGGCAGAUAACCGGUCUAGGAAAGCAUAUAAAGAGUUUGGGGAUGUCGUCACAUUUGACACUACCUAUCUUACUAAUAAAUACGACAUGCCAUUCGCCCCUUUUGUUGGUGUUAAUCAUCACGGGCAGCAUGUCGACGACUCAGAGAAGUGA